AUGGCUACACCAACGAUCGAUCAGAUCAGUCACGCUCUCGCGAUAAGAAGGACCACAAAAAGCACAAUUCAAAACUUUCCUAUGAUAGAAACUUUGAAGAAAAUCGGAGGUGAUACUAUUAAAGAGGCUGCAAGAUUGGCAGUAAGAUUGGUUUUGACAGACCAAUUAUCUCAGGAAAUUUCAUGGACUGGGAGAUCUCUACGCGUAGGAAAUAAACUGGAGUUUAGAGCAACAGUGACAGGACAAAGUAUCCGAGAUACAAUUUUAUUGGCCAAUAUAAAAGAGAAGGCAACACAGAAGAGGGUUGAGCAAGCUAUAAGUAAUUUUCUACGACGAUCUAGUGACAGAAAGCGAUAUGCAACAACAAUGGCUCUGAAAGCACUUGAACAAUAUCAAUUGGGAGGAAAUCAAUCUUCCGAAUCGGAUAAAACCGUUUUACUAAGUCAGGACGAUGAGAUCAGAAAAGUCCGUCAUUUCACUUUGCCAAAAGAAAGUAUCACACCACCAGACAUCGCUCUGCCGCCAAAAAGUUGGUUUCUCGGGUGAAAUACUUCUCGGGUGAAAGACUUGGAGAAAGUUUCACCAAUAAUGACUACGAUCCCACGGAAAGAAGAUGUAGCAAAACGGAAUCAGUCACCAGCACUAAAAAGCCCCCCCAAGAGGAACUCCGCAAACGCCACUACUACCAAUUCCACCAGAAAACAUUCAGUCAUUCUUAGGAGAAGCUCAGUCGCCACCACAAAAAAAUUCACCAAAUAGGUCGAAGUCACUACUAAGAAAAAAAAACUCGGCAGCCAUCACAACAAAAUCUGCCAAAUAGGUCGAAUCAUUUACUUAUAGUAAUGGAACAAACUCCAACACAAAAAAAAUACCACGGCAAAGAGAAGAACAAAUAAGUAAUACACCGCCAAGAAGAGUAAACAGGGAUGUUCACCAGAGGCAUGUAGAAGCUCGUGGAAUGCAAACUCCAAUUGAACAACUUGAACCUCAAUCGCGUUAUGUCGCUCAGGAUGACAAAGUAUUUAGUAAUCUUCAGGAUGCAUCAGU